ACUCUCACAAUUUAACCUCACAAAGUAGUGUAAACACCUAAUAGAACCCCAAAAUACAAUGUUUUUUCUCAAAUAAGUUUUACUCUAUUUAAGGUUGCAUGGACUGUAAAAAAAUCCAUCAUGCGAAUAUAUUAUUUCCUUCAAGCAUUCGUCUGUUUAAUUGCCGUCUCCGAAUCAAGAGGACCUCAUCACCCACGCGGCCAUGUAGUUAAAAGACACGUACAUUACAGGCCUACGAAAGGAUUUGGAGAAGAGAAACUCAUUCAAGACGAUAAUUUGUUGCACGACAAAGAACACAUCCAAGAACAUCUGGAAGAAGUUGUCAAAGAACCAGACUUAUCCAAUAUGACUGAUGAACAACUUGAGUUUUACUACUUUCAAUUUCACGACGUCGAUAAAAAUAACAAAUUGGAUGGAUUAGAAAUUUUACAGGCACUAUUUCACAUCGAUCAUCACGAACUUGAGGGAGCAGGUGAUGGAACUGAUGAUGUUGAACAUAACGACGAAGAUUCAUCCAAAUAUUAUGUUGAUCUUAUAGAUGACGUACUAAAAGAAGAUGAUACGGACGGUGACGGAUUUCUUAGUUAUCCGGAGUAUGUAGCAGGAAGACAAAAAAAGAAAUCAAGUGAUAUUAAAACAGCAAAUACUAAAUUAAUAUAAAUAUAUUUAAUUCUAAAUAUUUAAAACAUUUACAACCUCAUUCAAUGGAUAAUCAAGAAAUCUAAAUAUAUUUGUAAGCAUAAUGCCAAAUUCGUUAUUGUAAAAAACUUAUAAAUCAAAUAACAGUACUAAUAUCUAUUUGUACUUGAUAUGUGGAUAAAAUAACAUUUAUACUGAUAUAAAGAUCUUCAUCAACAUUAAAACGUUUUCAAUUA